AUGCGCAUUGGAGCAUUUUCCUUUGACUCGCAAAAUGCACUCCUGACAAAUAAUUUGAUCCUUCCCUUGAAAAUCCAUAAGGGGAAGACAACAGAGAAGAUGUUGGAGUCAAAUGGGUGCUGUGUGGUCAGAAAUAUCAAGAGUGGAAUCUGGAUUUCUGAUUUGCAGCUUGUUCGUUGUCCAGUCUGUGACCUCAACACAUGUGAUGGAACAAUGCAGGUAUUAGAUGCAAGACAUAUUGAACUGUUCCUAAGUGAAGGAUACCAGGAUGGAAGCUGGGACUAUGAAUUACUGGGUUCCCACGAUGUGAAGAAGCAAGCUGAUGGAGCAUCUGCAGGUAUAUUUGAUAUCAAACAUCUCAAGGACUGCUCAACUUCUGCUGUCCUUAAUCUCAAGUCAUGGGUAGGAAAGCCCAAGGAUUGGCAACCAAAAGCUAUGAUAGCCCCUUAUGCAGUUGCAGUCAACACAAAUUUGCAAGAGAAUGAAGGUCUUCACAUAAAAUUCCAUACCAUGAAGUCCGGGAAGAAUGGUGAAAUUGUUUCAAUGAGAAUAUGUGAGCAGCUCCUGUGAUUUUGUCAAAUUCUGCCAAGUCUAAUCUUACUGUCUACAAAACCAUAGUUCAUUUUUCCAGCAAAUAUCAGCUAUAACUCCAUAAAUACAACAAGCAGCCCACUAUCGACAAGUUUCAGAUGGGUUGUAAGUUGUAACCCACCAAGUAUACCUAGCAAAUUAAAAGAAUAUAUAUACUAUUUGUUAGCAAAUGAUUCUUGUUUGUAAAAGUAUUACUUACUCGCCAAAUUAGCACAGGCAAAAUUCGUAAUCUGCAGCCUGAACUUUUUUUAUGGCUUAUUCUUUCUUGUCCUCUAACAGA